CCACCACCACCACGAUAAUCGUCCUCGUCAUUGUCGUAAUUGUCAUCAAUACAUUGUUUUCACCGUGAAUUGAAAGCCACCCACUUUCUGUGUCACUUGAAAGCGUUAUCUUCACAUAAACUUCUCUCAUGAUCUUACCUCAAAGUGGUUCUAGAAAUAGUUGGAAGUGUCUUCAAUUUGCUCAUGAUGGAAGAGGGGAAGGCCCAUAAUGGUAGAUCAAUUGUGGCAUGUGGAAGCCAAAAUAGGUGCAUUAUGAAUUCUUCUGGUCUUGGGAAGAUUGCAGAAGCUUUAGAGAAGAGAGGGCAAUCUUGGUUUGUGUAUAGCAAAUUCAAGAGUGAUCUCAAGAUACAUGUGGCUGAUACAUGCUUCCACGUCCACAAGCUUCCUCUAAUAUGCAAAAGUGGCUACUUGAGCCAACAAGUUUCUACACACAAAGCAAGCCAUGACACUGAACAUGAAGUAUCAAUCGACGACAUCCCAGGAGGUGCCAUGACUUUUUUGUUGGUGAUAAAAUUUUGCUAUGGACUACCCCUUGAGCUCACUUCUUCCAAUAUUGCGCCUCUUAGGUGUGCAGCCGAGUUCCUAGAGAUGACUGAGCUCAUCUGCCAAGGAAACCUUAUCUCAAAAGCAGAAGUAUUUUUCACCUUUCUCAUUCUCUCUUCAUGGAGGGAACCCUUCGAAGUGUUAAAUUAUUGUGAGUCUAUCUCAUCUUGGGCUGAGAAAUUGAACAUAGUGAACCGAUGCGCCGAAGCGAUCGCCUGGAAGGCUUGCACUGCCCCCUUGGCUCCCAAUAAGUUGUGGGUCACCGAUGUUUUGCAACUUAGAUAUGAUCAUUUUGUGACAGUGAUGAAAUCCCUGAGAUCUAGAAACAUGAAGGAAAGUAUAAUUGGGCCAUGCUUAAUUCGGUAUUUUAAUUAUUGGGUCCCAAAAGCCAAACAAAAUUACAAUGAAGAACACAGGACCAUGUUAGAAAGUUUGAUAGGCAUAAUGCCAUGGAAGGAGGACUCCAUUUCAUGUGAGUUUUUGUUAGAUCUUCUUAAAUCAAGUUUAAUAUUGGGGGUGAAGGAGUCAUUAGUGGAGGAUUUGGUGAAAAGAGUGGGGAUAACACUAGAGAAGUGCACCCUUGAUGGGCUAAUCGUGGUUUCAAAAUAUGAUAACAUCAAGAAACCAAGAUAUGAUUUGAGAUUAAUGAGGAGGAUUGUGCAACACUUCAUGAUGGAGAAUGGUUUCCAUGGAUCAAAUGAUCCUAUAAGUGGGUCUGGUAAUUUGUCUGCCGUGGCAGUGGCAAGGCUCAUCGAUGCGUACUUGGCUGAGGUCGGGAGUGAUUCUAGUGUGAUACUCAACGAAUUCAAGUGGCUCGCAGAGGCAUUGCCAGAAAAUGCUAGGUCAUGCCAUGAUCGUCUAUACACAGCCAUAGAUACCUAUCUUAAGGCACACCCUUCCUUAACUGAACAACAGAGAAAGAUGCUUUGCCUAUCCAUGGACUACCACAAAUUGUCUAUGGAGGCCAAGCUUCAUGCUGCCAAGAAUGAUCGUCUACCACUAAGGUUUACCCUUAAAGUGCUUCUCUUUGAGCAACUCAACAUUAAUAGCUCAUGUCUGAUGCCUAAGGUAAAGUCCACAGUACUUACUCCAAGGAAGAACAGGCUCAACAACCAGUGCACAUCUUCACAAGAGCUCAAAACAAUCAAAUCAGAGUUGGAGUUGAUGAACAAUGACGUUGAGAGCCUAAGAAACUAUUCAUGGCUUCAACAAGAAUCCAAUGGGAUAAAGAGGAGUAGUGGUUGGGGAUGGCAUACAAGACGGAAGAAAACAAGAGACACUUCUUCUAUUACGGAUGAAACAUCAGAGACCCAUGUUGAUUCUCUUAAGUUUCCGAAGCUGCACCCUACUUUGUGGAGAUGGCGAAGGAAUUCCAUAUCUUGAUUGUAUGGUUUAGAAAUGUAGGUUGUAUUAACUAAUCUCUUAGCAACAGAUUUAGAACUGAGCACUUGUGCAAGUCUAAUUUGUGAAUGUGAAUCUUCUUAUGUGCCUCGACCUACAUAACAUUUAUAAGCCAGGAGACAGCUAUCUCAUGAUCGGAUAGCUGGAAGUGAAUUGAGAAAAAUAACACAGGUUGGUGUCAGCCUUAUUUGUCAGGA